AUGGCGCGUGCCAGGCUCCUGCUGCUGCUGCUGGGGUGUGCGCUGCCCGAGCUCCUGGUGCUCCAGCCCCACAAAGGUCCGGCCCGCAAGGUUGGGGAGGUCUGUAGGGACCACCUGGAGUGCCAGAGCGGAUGCUGUGUCACCAAGAACCUGAACCCUCAGAAGUUCUGCACGUCCCAGACGGUCUUCACGCUGUGCUUCUCCUCGCGAAGGGUGCGUCCUGCCCGCGGGGCGAGCGCCUCCGCCUCCGGGGAGGGGGCCGGUGGGGCGGGACGGGCUGCGCCUCCCCUCCUCCUGCAGCCCGACAGUCACACGUGCAAGGACCACCAGGAGUGCCACAGCGGCUGCUGCACCACCGAGAAGGACGACGGGGUCCGGCUCUGCAUGCCCAAGACCAUCUUCCUCCACUGCUUGCCCUGGCGCAAGCCAAAUGGGGACCACUGCAAGGACCACAAAGACUGCAAGUCCAAGUGCUGUAUCCAGCUGACCGAGAUCAGCACCCCACGCUGCAUCCCCCGCAGUGGGCUCCUGGCCCAGUGCCUGCCGAUGAACCACGGGUCCCUCCAGAGUGUCCGACUCCAUGAGGGCGAGGCCAAGGGGACAGCUGUGCACACGGCUUAG